AUGGACGUCCGAACCGUCCAAGACCGUGAGUUCAAGUACCAGACCGCCACACUGAACGGCGUCAAGUACAACUACAUCCACGCAGAGCCGGCGUCGGGCAGAGUAGUUGGCACAAUUUUUCUCAUUCAUGGGUGGCCCGACUUGUCCCAGGGAUGGCGCCACCAGAUCCCUUUCCUCCUCUCCAAGGGCCUCAGGGUCAUUGCCCCAGAUAUGAUGGGGUACGGAGGGACUGAUGCGCCUGAAGAUGUUAGCUUCUACACUUUCAAGCGCGCCUCAGAUGACAUUGCCGCGCUCGCCAGCCAUCUCGGUCUGUCUCGCAUCAUUCUUGGCGGACACGACUGGGGCGCAGCCGUAGUUUACCGCGCAGCCCUCUGGCACCCAGAAUUGAUCUCUGCCUUCUUCGCUAUCAGCACACCUUUUGCGGCUCCGCGUGUCACCUAUGUCGACCAGGCCCUCGCGUUGCCCACGCUGCACUACCAGCUGCAGUUCCGCACGGAUGCUGUUCAAGAUUAUAUCGGUCUCGGCGACGCGCAGAAUGCCACGCGCGCGCGGCAGAUCCUAAACACCAUCUACGGAGUUACUCUCCCCAAUGGCGAGUGGGCGUUCAACUCCAGCGGCAACGGGUUGGCCUUCGAGCUGCUUGACGGUGUGACGGAAGACACGCCGCUGCUCAGCAAGGAGGAGUUGGACUUUUACGUAGACAACUAUGUCAGUGAACCCUUCAACAGAACGCUGAACUGGUACCGUACCGGGGAGCUGAACUGGGAGGACGAACUGGUCUUGGUGCCAGACGACGCUGCGUAUACGGCUAAGUUCGCGCAGCCUGCGCUGUACAUCGGCGGGUCGCUGGACGCGGCGCUGCCUCCGGUUUUGUCGACAGGGAUGGAAACGUACUUCAACAGCUUGUCCCGAGGCGUGGUAAAUGGCACGCACUGGGUGAUGUGGGAGAAGCCUGAAGAGGUAAACAGCUAUGUUGGCAAUUGGUUGACCGGGUCGGUAUUUGGGGACUGGACUGCCGGCCUAAACCUUACGGCGAGGGUUGGUUGCAACGCUCUUGCUAUGCGAUAA